AUGCGCCAAUUUGUUGAGACGAUGUGUAAUGGUGAGUUCUUUAACAAAGAACCAGAAGAAGCAUUUGAGUAUUUCGAUUAUUUGUCUGAAAAUGCACAGUCUUGGGACACUGCUGAUAGUAUUAAUAGACAUGAGACUUCAAGACAUGUUGGUGGGGGUGGGAAAUAUACCUUAAGAGAUGAGGACGAUUUGCCAGCUAGGUUAGCUUUAAUUUCAAAGAAAUUAGAGACUAUUGAGUUGAAAAAAGUGAAUGAGGUGCAAGUUGUACCAAGAGUGGCAGAAAAAUGUGGCAUUUGUGAAGAUCAAGGACAUUCCACAAAUGAGUGUCCUACAAUUCCUGCAUUUAAAGAAGUUUUAUUAGGUCAAACUCACAAUGUUAACAUGGUUUCUAAACCUUUUUCAAGGCCAUACUCGAACACUUCCAAUGCUAGAUGGAGGAAUCAUCCAAACUUUAGUUGGAGAGGUGAGCACAGCAAUGUUCUUGCUGCACCUACAGCAGGACCAGCAAAUUUUGCAGCAUAUGGAGCUCAUCCUGGUCCAUCUUAUGUUCCCCAUCCAAGUCAAAGUUCACAAUUCAGUACACAACCAGCUCAAGCACCUAAAAAGGGACUUGAAGAUACAGUCCAGCAGUUGAGUGUGAUACUUCAACAAUUCAUGCAAGGUCAAGCAACACUCAACAACCAGAAUUCAUUAGCAAUUAAUGACAUAAGGACUUCCAUCACAAGGCUGACUACAUCUUUAUAUACUCAAGAGAAGGGUAAAUUUCCUGCACAAUCACAACCAAAUCCACAAGGGCAACCUCAUCAAGUGCAAGCUGUAAAUGAAGAUCCUAACUUAAAGUUAGUCAAAGCAGUGACUACUUUAAGAAGCGGUAAGGUGGUGGAUAUUCCAGCACAUGAGCCAUACAAUUCUGGUAAGGUUUCUAACCCUUCCAAAAAAGAUGGAAAGCAUGUGUCUGAUGAGCAUGAGAAAAUUGAUUGUCCUAUACCUGCUCCUUUUCCUCAGCAAUUAGUUCCAUUGCAUAAAGAUAAGCAUCAUGCUGAAAUUCUUGAGGUUUUUAGGCAAGUUAGGAUUAACAUCCCUUUAUUAUAUGCUAUUCAGCAAAUUCCUGCCUAUGCAAAAUUCCUUAAGGAUUUAUGCACUGUGAAAAGAAGAUUAAAUGUGCACAAAAAAGCUUUUCUUACUGAGCAGCUUGGUUUAGGUGAACUGAAAUCCACACCUAUCAUUUGGCAACUUGCUAAUAGAUCUAUAAAAAUGCCUAGGGGUAUAGUUGAGGAUGUUUUGGUACAAGUUGAUAAAUUUUACUAUCCUGUGGGUUUUGUGGUGCUUGAUAUGAAAUUGUCAUCUCCAUCUACUUUCCAAGCCCCUAUAAUUCUUGGUAGACCAUUUCUUGCUACAUCUAAUGCAUUAAUCAAUUGUAGAAGUAGAAUUUUGAAAUUGAGUUUUGAAAACAAGACAUUGGAGCUGAAUAUCUUUAAUACUUGUAGGCAACCUCGGAAUUUAGAAGAAGUUCAGGAAGUUAAUUUGCUGGAAAACAUCCUUGAUGAGGAUUUUUACUUGAAUCUCCCUUCCACUGAUUUACAAUUGUCAUUAGAAGGUGUUCUAAGUGAUUUAAAUAUAUUUGAUGACACUUCUAAUGUCUCUUUUGCAGGAAUUGGACAUUGUGUGCUUUGGCAACCAAAGUUUGAAGAGUUGCCACCUUUGACAACACCUAUAAAGCCAUCUUCAAAUGUGAUUCUAGAUAUGGACCUCAAACCUCUUCCAACUGGACUUAAAUAUAUUUUUUUGGGACUCGACAACACUUUUCCUGUGGUAAUCUAUUCUACACUCACUCUUACUCAAGAAGAAAAAUUGAUAGAAGUGUUGAAAAAGCAUAAGGGGCAAUUGGGUGGACAAUAA